AUGAGCAAGGUCAACACUGCCUCAAUGGCACGUAUGGGACAGAAAAUCCUCUCUGAACCAGACUCAUUAUGGGCUGCAGUGCUAAAAGGAAAGUAUCCAAAGAAUUCAAGUUUGCUGGAAUGCAAGGCCACUUCUAACUCUUCAUAUACAUGGAGGAGCGUUCUCAGGGGUCAAGAGUUGCUGAAGAAAGGAACUAAGUGGAUUCUGAGGAAAUGGACUCUCAAAUCUGGGACUACACAGAUGGAAGAGGCAGUUGGAACUAGGAAAGCUUCUCUCAUUGGUUACCUGAAGAUACAAGACAGAUUGUUAACAAAUAAAGUGCGUCUUACCAGGCACUUAACCACUGAUUGCUCGUGCAAAAGCUGUGGAUUCCCAGUGGAAAACUGCCUACACAUUCUAAGGGACUGCCCUAUGGCAAGGCCAGUGUGGGAGCAACUCAUCCCUCACAACCUUCACCAGCAUUUCUUUGGCCUAAACCUCGGAAUAUGCUCAGUUACAGCUGCUGAAUUAUGGUCCCUGUACCAUGGCUUGAUGAUAGCAUGGAUGGAGGGCCAUAGGAAGGUGGCUGUCACAGUGGACUCCUCUGCUCUGCGUUCGUGCAAUGCGGUUGAUUACGAUCUCGAUCUAGCGAAUGACCCACCGGCGACCAUUCCCCCUCCAUUAGAUUACCGAAUUAAAGAACGAGCAGAACCAUUCAUUGGAGAGACAGACCCUGAUCAGUCAGUUGCCCGAGUGGUGACCCGGAACCGCUUUCAGCAGCUGCUAGGCGAGUAUGGUGACAGCGAUCACUACAGAAAACCGAAUACCGCUAUCUCUCAGAUGGGUCAUGCACGUCGAUAUGCCCUUGCCAUGAUGAAUCUCUGUCUUGUGGAAGGACUCGGCAGCGUCUCGCGUAAGGGGAAAAAACAUAAAGACGAGAAAGAAAGGCGCUAUACAAAAGGUGUCAUUGCCACCUUGACACUAACCGCAAAACGAACGGUACCAAGAAAUUCUGUCCUAAACGAAAUCGGGGCAUACUGUCUAUGUGGUCCUAAAAACUGGAGUGGAAGGUAUGGUCUUAUCUCCAUGAUCUUUAUUCCAGAGGAAAUGAAGCUAAGAUAUUCCAGCUUGAAUAAGAAGUUCCAAAUCUUAAGAGCCAAUAGAUCGCUCGCCAGUUGCGAGUUGCGAUCUGCUCUUUCUCUUCCUAUCACUAGGUCGGCCCGUCGGAUUAUAGUGCUCGACGAUUCUAUUAGUCUGGUACUGGUAUCCUUCGGGAACGAAGAAUUCGAGUCAACGGGGGAAUCGAUCAAUCGCCCCAGGAGCAAACUCAUAUUAAGCACUGCCGCAGCAUCAACUGGUACAAAGAGGAGGCACGAUAGCGAAGAUCAAUCCAUCUCAAUCUACAAAAAACAUUGCCUUGGGCAUGCAACCCAAAAAGAUAGAAAGACCGCUCGCUCGAAGAAAACUCUUUUAGAGCCUGGUACCAGCCAAGCCCCCUCGAUUCGGCAACAAGAGUCGGUUAUGGAAUAG